AAUCAGAUAGUUCAGACUGACCUGCAUUACUGUUCGCACACGAUGGCUACUAGAAAAUCUCUGUAUGGACUUAUCAUAGAAGGAAAAGAUACCACAGUCCCUCUGAAGGAAUCAAAGGUCCAUGUCACAGUCCAGGGGUUUAUAGCUAAUGUAGAGAGUCAACUCACCUAUAGCAAUGACACACUGGGCGCAUUACAAACAAGCUUUAUCUUCCCAAUGGAUGACAUGUCAGCUGUUUACAAGUUUGAAGCUGAUGUCAACAGUAAACACAUCAUAGCAGAGUGUCAGGAUAAACAAAAGGCUAAAGAGACUUAUAAUGAAGCAAUUUCAAGUGGCCACACGGCCAUGUUGUUAUCUGAAGAUGAUGCGUCAGGUGAUAUAUUUGAAUGCAAACUUGGCAACUUGCCAGCAGGAGAGAAGGCACUAUUGACCAUGUCAUAUGUUGUAGAACUGUCUGUAGAAACAGACGGUAAAGUGAGGUUUACAUUACCCACAGUACUGACUCCAAGAUACUCACCUGAUGUUGGACAAUAUGUAGAACCUGGAAGUGAGUCCAGUCCUGGUCAAGUGGACAUAAGAACUCCAUGUAAAUUUACUUUCAGUGCUGCUGUGUCUGGUUGUUACAAAAUCAAAUCUGUUAGCAGCCCUAACGACAAACUUAAUGUCAAGGUCAAUGAAGAUAAGUUUUCUGCAUUGAUUGACUUAGCAGAGGAGUUUAAGUUUGAUCAUGAUUUAAGUUUUGAUAUAAUCUAUGAUAGUAUCAAUGAACCAGAGAUUAUUUUAGAAUUAGGAAAUAAAGAAAAAGAUGGCUUGCUCAAGGAAGAUUUAUUAAUGUUGAAUUUUUAUCCUGAUUUGAAACAAGGCGAAGAAACUGAAUACAGUAAGAGGGAGUUUAUCUUUGUAAUCGAUAGAUCAGGUAGUAUGAGUAAUGUUAGAAUAAAGAAGGCCAAGGAAACAUUACUACUGUUGUUGAAGAGUUUACCUGUUGGAUGUCUGUUCAAUGUUGUAUCAUUUGGUAGUAAUUUCAGCACUUUGUUUGAGCAGAGUGAAGAGUAUAGUGAAGUAACUUUAAACCAAGCUCUGUCUCUCCAAUCGCAGAUGGAGGCAGAUAUGGGUGGUACAGAGAUUUUACGACCACUUAAACAGAUUUAUAGUAACAGCUGUAUACAGGGAUAUCCUAGACAGAUAUUCCUACUGACAGAUGGAGGUGUCAGUAACACCAAUGAGGUCAUAUCACUAGCGAAGGCAAAUAACGGAAAUACAAGGCAAGUUGGACUAUAA